CGCCGUCUUUACUGUCGAUGCUCGAGGUUGGGCGUUAAGAAUACGAGCUCAGCAGCUCCACCAUAACUCCACCCGCAUCGAAAGUUCAUUUCUCUCAUCCUAGUUCCAACAUCUCCCCCUUCGCAUCUCGUUGAUCAACUUCCCCUGGGAGUACGGAGUCCGGCCCACGGAAGGGUCCUGCGAGGACAAUGAAAACCUGAGUGAUUCCCGUCCGAUGAUCACAAGAGCAAUAAUAAACAAUAUCACGCUGCACUCCUGACAGAGAUACCUAACUGUUGCACUGGGCCCCAUGACAGCCUUGAUUAUGAGGUGAACGAGUCUUCGCAGCUAUCCAUCCGCGACAGCAAAUCACAAUCUGCAUAUCCGCGGGACACCUUGGAUUUCCCUUGUGGUCUUGAAUCUUACUUAGGAGGUGUUCCGGUAGCUGAGUUUUCAACAGCUACACUGUCGACCGAACGGAUUCAAAUGUCGCACUCAGGAUCCCAGAUGUACGGCUCGCAGCCUCCUCCUCCUCCGCAGUCAUACUAUCCUACGGGCCCCCCGCCUUCAUAUCCCGAAUGGCAGCAGAGCAAGCCGGCAGAGCAUGGACAGUCGUGGAAUGCAUCACAGGUCUCAUCCCCACCGCCUACUCAAGUUCCCACGACGUCCCAGCCGGCCACAUCCUUCUAUAACCCAAAUAUGUACGGGCCUAUGCCCGGAUCCACACCGUCUCCAGCGCUUGAUCAUGUCUCGCAUUCUCAGCCGGCACCCAGCAUCCCUUCACCGAAUAUAGAUACGUCUACUUGGGGCGUACGGUACAAUCAGCACUAUGGCCACCAUCAUCAUCAAUCGAGUGCUGCGCAGGGCAGUCAAAUUCCACCUCCUCUACCGCCACGCCCAACAAGCAGCCUAGAUCAACCUCAAACACAGGCCCAUUUAGGACCACAGCCGUGGAAUACUGCGCAAAAUCAACACCCUUACUAUCCGCCCAAUCCCCCUACACAUUUCUCCGAACAGCAACAGCCGCCGCAGCCUGCGCCGCAAUUUUGGCAGCCGCACCCAUAUUCGGAUUCCAACUCCGGCGUCAGUCAGGCGGUGCCACCCAAGCCACCGCCGAUACCACCCGCGUACCAAGCGGAGGUCCAGCAGGCCCAGCAGGCCCAGCAAAACUGGCCAAACGCCCCAGUUUAUUCCUCUCAUCCGCCAACGCACAACUAUGAACCACCACAGCAGUCACAGCAUCCCCCGCCUCCAGCUCCAGCUCCGACUUCACAGCCGCAGCCGCUCAUCCCUACUAUCACUCAGAUGGGACCGACGGGCCUCAAUGGUUCAAACACUCUAAACGAUACACAUGCCCUGGGCAACGUACCUGAUCGACCUCCUAGUCUUCCACCAAAUGAGCCUUCUCUGCCGCCACCCAAUCAAUCAAUAGAGGACCCGAGCUUCACUUCUUCUCCGGCCCACGUACCUCCACCCACUCCCGCUCCUGUGUUGCCAGAAACCACCAAACCUACAAAUUCUACACCAGGCGCUUCCGCCCUGGGCUCAGGAGGGCCGUCUGACUGGGAGCAUUUUUCAUCCACCCAUGAGGAAGUAGAUGACACAGAAGCGUACACAUUCAAGACUCAAAAUCCACUUCAGGCAACAAAGACUUUUGAACUGGCUUCUGACGUACCUAUGUCUAACCGACCAGAAAGGUCGGAAUCGGAAUCGCAACCUCCGAUUUUAUCCCCUCCUCCAGAACACGAUCAAAUCCAACAGGGCCGGGUCUCUCCCGUUUCGUCCGUUGACGCCGGAACCCAACCCUCAGACCGUAGACAGAUUCAACAGGCUGAUCGUAUGAAUAGUGUAGACUCUUUCUCGAGUGCGGUAUCAGCUGAAGACAGCACGGGCCAGAUUGACAACGUCAUUCAGGAGUGGUCCCGGCCUGUGCCUAUCGAAGAUAAACAUCCAGUCCCAUCAGAAAAAGGUGUGGAGCCAGAUCUUCAGACGUCCGCCACUUCUGAGAAAGGAACCAGUCGCGCGGCGACUCCCGUGUCACAACUUCGGCCUUCCGUUUUGCAGUUGUCACCCAAAAACAGCCCUCCUAUAACGUCCAGAGUUGAUCAACCUAUUGUGCAGUCGAUCACAACUAUUGCUGAUCCGUACGCUGACCUUGACCCAUGGUACAAGUCGUCGUUAACGAGAUACGUUACUAUGCUUCGAAAAGAAAUGGCGACGGAAUCAGAUGAGGAGAAGUUCAAAAUUUUUACAGCAUUUAUGACCAAGGAGUCCAAGCUACGAGAAAUACUUUACAGCGUGGAGAUUGUGCCGGAUGCCAUUAAAACAAAGCCAACAAAUGAUGAAGUACCGAAACACGCCGACCAGCUCAAGGCGCCGACGAAACCGGAGCUGAAACAGCUUGAUACCGAGUUACCCAUACCCAUGGAACAAGAGGAUGACGUUAUUACCUACAGCCCAGGUGGUCGCCCCGUGCUCGCUUCGUCGCUGAGGCGAAAACAGGCAGAACUCAAGAACAGCACCGGUCUUCAGCGAUCCGCGUCAAACCCUACUCCCCCGGCGCAGAUUCGAAAUAGGGCUGAGAGCUUGAAUGAUACGAGCUACGUUGUUUCCCCUGUAACAUCUAGAAACCCACUAGGAGAGUUACCAAGAGCCACCUCGGUGCCCCCAGCUGGUGCAGCCACGAUCAUUCCCCAGGCAUCCACGCCAUAUACCCCAUUUCGGUACCAAGAAGGUCCUCAGAGAGGUUCAGAACCUUUGAGCUUUGAGCGUCCAGCGUACCAGGCGUAUUCUGCCUUAAGACAAGCAUCGGCAGAGAGCGGAAGGGUGAUGACGCAACCAAAUUCGCAGCUACGUCGUGAUUCAGAUGCGCCAGGCAUGCCUCGACCACUAAGAGCUGAACAUGAUGAAACAUUCUUGGGGCUCGUUCGGGAAAAGAGUGUUGCUUAUCGAGGCAAGCGACCAGAGUCGAGUUUGAGGAUCAGGGCGCCGACUGCAGAUCCAUUCAAAAAAGGCAUAGCUACGGCGAUCUUGGACGAUAUCCGAACUUUGGUGCCGGCAAUAAUACCGAAUCCAGCCGCUGAUGCACGGAUUGCAGCUGCUCGAGACGAAUUGGAAAAAUUCCCUGACGACUUCAAUUUCAUGGAGAAGAGCUUGGAAGCAUGGGAUCGUGGGGCAAGCUCAAGACAAGGCCAACUAGAUGGCCAACGCCGGGCACGACAAGAAGCGUCAGAACACCAUAUUGACAACCUUUUUAAUAACAAGGAGAUCGGAUACUCCGAUAUUAAUGUUCUAGAAACCGAGUUCAAGCAGACGGAGGCUCAAAAACAGCUCAACGAGGAGAGGAGAGAAUAUGAUAAAUUUGUGGAGAUCGUGUUCACCCGCGUGGAUGAGCGGCUUAGAGCUGAGAUCGCAACUCUUGAAGGCUAUUAUAAAGAGGCGCUCGACCUCCUUAACUCCGAAGCAGAUUCUGGGUCCACACCUAAGCUUGAAAAAUUCCACCUAUCAUGUGCGAUGAAAAAUGCGGUUGAUAUAUUUCAGAAAAUAGAAAUGCGUCACGAAAGGCUAGUAGAAGCUGCUCUUGAGCGCGAGAGAAGAAGGAAGAAGGCGGAGCGCCGCUUUUUCGUCUUCCUGGGCGAUUCGUCGGCCUUGAAGCAGAUGGAUAAAGAUUUCGAUGUCGCUGAUAAGAAGAUCCUUCUCGAAGCAGCGAAGGCCCGAGAUGACCGCGCAAAUCAGCUCAUGGACGUAUUCGAUGAGGCUAGCAUGCGUGGAAUUGGCGAAAACCAGAGUCUCCUCGACGACAUUUUCGCAAAGAUUGAGAAACUCGAUCCAAGUCUAGUUAGCGAUAUGAAUAGCUUGCCACAGCAGGCUGAAAAUAUUCUCACGCUGACUUCUGGAUUUGUCCGAUUCCUUGGUGGUGACUCGGAGUCUAUUCUCUCCAGCUUCGGAAUGGCAGACCGCCUCCUGAAUAACGCUGACUAUGAGCUAUCGGUGGCAGAAGCGAAGGUAGCCAACGCCAGUCCGGAUAUCUUCCGACGUCUCGAAGAAGAAAAGAAGAAAGAGGAUCUCAAAAUCGAAGAUGACCUGAAUGCAAGAAUGGCCGACGUUCGGAGCGGACACCAGGAGAUAUUGAAGAGCAUAGAUGAUGUGCUGCAGCACAUGCAGAAAGGCGAGCUAUCGUCUAGCAACAGCCAGGGGGGUAAUGGAGCCGACGGUGCCCCGGUAACGGAAGCGAUCCCGACGGCGGCUAUUGUUUCAUCCUCAAGCCCGCUGGUUGCUUCGGCCCCAACCGAGGAGGAGCAACAGCAGGAUCGGCUGCGGAAGGCGCUUGAAGAUGCGAAAAGGAGGAAUGCAGCAAGGCAGGCUCCCUAAUCUAACCGUUAUCUAACGGCAACCCCUGCUAUUCCUUUUAAUAUGUGUACACUUGGUUCCACCCCACAAUUCUUUUUUACCUUUUGAUCUUCAUUCCUGAUCUCCCUUUGCACUUCAUAUGUUUUGGAUACCCCUAUUUUUCUUUGGUCAGAUCCUUUUGCUGUGUUUAUGGGCACUCCUACUACAUCUCUUGUCGCAAUACCAUAGCUGUUUAGCUCAAAGAUGGGCAUUCUCUCAAUGAGUGAAAUUUCCAGUUUCUCUGCCUUCAGAACAUCCCCGGUGGCUGGAUGCAUAUACAUGUACUGCAGUUCCAGCUUUAGCCAUUUGCUUGCUCUGAUUGAUCUGUGUAGCGCUAGCUUCGAUCCCUACUUGAUUAGGUCCAAACGCAAAUAAGCUCUAUUAUCCU